UUUCUCAAAUUUUAAUUUUCAUUCGGAUUUAUAUUUUUGUAAAAAUAACACUUCACUUACCUAGUUGUAGCUGUGAAAUUAGGUUUUGGUUUGUGCGUGAUAUGUUUUUUGGACAUGGGUAGUGAAUUAAACCUUGCUACAACUGAAUCCAGGUCUUCUGCAUCCAUCAUUUAAAACCGCUUCAUAUCACCUGUAAUGUUUGGAUUACAAAUUACAUAUCUGCAUUGGACUCAAAACAUUUUACUGUUUGUUUACCACACUAUUAUUGGCUUUUUGAGUUGGACUGGAGGGUGGUGGAGCUGGACUCGACAGUCUGAUGUGAUGCUCCGCAAUGUUGAAAAGAAAAUCUUGUCAUGUCUAAAAACAGCUUACAAGCGUUUCUACGUGGACAUCGGCUCGGUAGUGGGGGAGAGCGACAAGAUAUGGACCAUCUCCCUCAACGAGGAGUCUCCGAAGACGCCGCUGGUGAUGCUGCACGGCAUGGGCGCCGGCGUCGCGCUGUGGUGCCCCAAUCUUGAUGCGUUCGCGGCCACGCGGCCCGUGUAUGCUAUUGAUCUUUUAGGCUUCGGGCGCAGCUCGCGGCCCAAGUUCUCGUCGGACGCGGCAAAGGUGGAGGCGCAGUGGGUGGACUCGGUGGAGGAGUGGCGGCGCGAGCUCAACCUGCCGCAGUUCGUGCUGCUGGGACACAGCCUCGGCGGGUACAUUGCCACGGCCUACGCUAUCAAGUACCCUGAUAGGGUACGCCACCUCAUCCUAGCAGACCCGUGGGGUUUCCCAGAAAAGCCGGCAAACGUAUACGAGAAACACCAAGUGCCUCUAUGGGUGAAGGCAGUAGCGACGGCGGUACAACCGUUGAACCCACUGUGGGCGCUGCGAGCCGCCGGGCCCGCGGGCCGCUGGCUCGUCAGCAAGACCCGCCCAGAUCUGUCCAGGAAGUUUACGCCGUAUGUGCCUGAUGCGGAGACGGUUAUACCGGAGUAUAUUCAUCAGUGUAACUCGCAGACGCCUAGCGGCGAGAGUGCCUUCCACGCUCUCAUGCACGGCUUCGGCUGGGCGAAGAACCCGAUGGUGAAGCGAGUGAACGAGAUCAGCCCGUCCCUGCCGGUGACCGUGCUGUACGGGUCGCGCUCGUGGGUCGACAACUGCACGGGGCAGGUGCUCGCCGAGACCAGGCCGAAGGGGGCCAAGACUUAUGUGCAGGUGAUCAACGGUGCCGGCCACCACGUGUACCUGGACAAGGCGGAUCUGUUCAACAAGUACGUGAUCGAGGCGUGCGCGCGCGCAGACGACGACGAGCAGCCGAGCAUUCGCGACGCGAACGAAACGGACCCUCCAGCCAACACUACUUCUUGAUAGCAAAUUAUAUGAGAGCCAAUGGUGAGGUCGCGAAAUGAACGGACCUUCCAGCUAAAACUUAUUGAUAGCAAAUAUGAGCUAAUGGUGAGGUGUAUGGUGUAUGUAUGAUAAAAGUUGGUGUGAGAUUGGUUGGCAGACGAGGGUUUAUGGGUUGUGACACCAAGUGCCUUUUUUGCUUACAGAAUCUAGCACUUCAAAAUAUGGUAGUUCCGAUAAUUUGCUAUAAAUAACCGUAUACGCCCAAGAAUAAGGUAACAAUACGAAAAUGGUGGUCGCCACAUAAGAUGGAGAGUAGUUUAUGGAUGGGCAUUAUAUUAUAACAUAACAAUUAAAUUCAAAUUCAAAUAAAACUAUUCUGCCAAUCGAUCUUACAGUAACUUCAUAUAAUGUUUGAAUGUGUUUUAAAUAUUGCUAUAGGCCUCGGCACAGAUCUUGAUCAUCAUCGCGGUAUGAAAUCGAUUACCAAUGAGAACUACUUAAAUUAAAUUAUUCACUUUACGUUUGUGCCGAGGCCCGGAAAACCUAUAACGACAUGCCUUUAUUCUACUGCCUACGCUUGCUGGGUUUCCAGUUUGAAAUAGCAAGAUAAUUAUUAAAAAUGCCUUUAAAUAUAUUUAUGGUUCACUGUAGAUAAUCCUCUGUACCGAAAGUAUUUAUAAAUCCACGUUUAAAAUUUAUAA